GCUGAGCACAUGCGUCAGUCUAUUAUGACCCGGUGGGUGCCUCGUUUGUUCGGACCUGGGCAAGUGCCUUAUGCGGUGGGAGCAAGUAGCUCCUCGAUUGAGCCGCGUACACGUGCCCAGAUCAAGGCACGAAGAAGUGAACUGGGAGAGCUCCUCUCCCAACUGCUGGUGGAUAUUGAGUUUGUUGUCCCUGCUGCAAGAGACCUCGAUGCGAUCUCUGAUCGUUUGGCCAAAGCUAUCACGGGUGUGGAGAUGAUAGCAGCAGCGACUGAAAUUCAGAAGGUUAUUGACCAGUGUCGUCAGAUACUAGACCAAUUUACCAUCCAGCAGUUGGAAGAAAUAGCUCAGCGAAAAGAUGGUACGCCAGAAGUGAAAGUGGAAAGCAUUGAAGAGAACAUACAACAGUUAAAGGAGACACUCGCGAAAGAAGAAAAGAAGCGAGAAGAACUGUWGCAAAUGAAAGAACAGGAAACUAGGCUACARCAGAGAAUGGGUAAAGUUCAGCAGCACGUUUCUUUGGAUGAGAAGGAUGUCGCCCAGACGCUGSKGMAAAUACUGACGUAUUUGGCUUUUCUUGAAGAAAAAUUGGACCAACAACAAUCUAGAAUGGAUGAAUUGGUUGUUGGUCUCCAUGUCAUUACUAGCAUUGUCAAGGGAAAARCCCCUGUGCUUGAAAAUAAUGAAGAGAAAGAAGAUAAAGAAAGAAAAGCGKACGUCAAGCCCGAGAAGUUGCUUCUUGGUGGAAUGAAAAACGGCGACACAACGAAGAAGGAAACGGUAAAAGAAACCGAGAAGAAACAAGAAGAGAAGAAACCUGAUGGGAAUGGCAAUGGAGAUGGGAAUGGGAACGGGAAUGGCAAUGGGAAUGGUGGUCCCUCCGGUCCCACUCCCUCUUCCAAGGACAAUGYCAAACCUGCAGAUCAGACUAAGCCAAAGAAAAAAGAAAAGGUGAAGAUGAAAUUGCCUUUUACUUUUUCUAAUAAGAAAGAAGAAAGCCUUCCACUCUGGAUCGCAGAGAUCCAGACCUAUGUUGGGACCUCACCGGUAGAAGAAGAGUCGCAAGUUGCGUUCACCACUUCUUGUAUGGGGGGUGAGGUGAAGCAAUGGGUUCUGGCGGAAGCAAAUGCCGCGGGGUUUGACGAUAUAGGUGAAUGGGCGAAGACUAUGACCGUGAAGCAGUUCCUUGCAAAAGUCAAGGACCGCUUUUUGGACAAGACUACAGCCGAUAAGGCCUUCGACCAACUCACCACGAUAGGACAGAAGUCCUGGUCUUCACUUGAGUCGCUGUCUCGUGAGGUUGACCGACUGUUGCAGGUUCCCGGUCUUAACCUGCAGGAUUCUCAGGUCCUUUUCAUUUACUCGCGUGCAUUACCCGAACCGAUCCGAGGGCACUUGGUCGCCGAGGCCAAGUCCGGUAAGUAUAGUUACCGUCGGCGCCAAAAGCGCCAGGACCAUACCCUCGUCGUAUUCGACGACGAUACAAUGGAGAAAUGGCCAUUGGAGAACGAGGGUGGUGGUGAUAGCAGCAGUGACCCCGGAAAGGGGGAGGUCACCGCUGCGACGGUCAACAAGGGAGGAUCGUCAUCGAACAAUCGACCGAAGGGAAGACCAUGCUCCUUCCCGCACCAUCCUAGGAUUGCGGCCUGUAGACCGUGGUUGAAGAUGGGAUUAACCCAGGAAGUAUGGUAGGAUAGGAUGGACAAUGCACAGUGCCUCAAGUGUGGCACUGCGGGGUAUGUCAUUGCCUAU